AUGGCGUCACGUGCAAACCACAAGAUCGGUGGGCGGCGACAAGAACGAGCCAGGCAAGGACCAGGACCCUCGGCCACUGCUGUAUCGCCUCUAGGUGCCGGGGGGCAAGAAGCAACGGCAACGGCUCAAAGCAGAAGAAACGAUCAGCCAAGGAUUACGACGGGUCAGCAAGAGGAGCAACCACCGCAAAGGAAGAAGAGGAAUAGGCCGAAAAAGAAACGGGGCAAGGGUGGCGGUGGUGGUGGUGGCGCCGCUGUUAUUGUUGAGGGCGCCUUGGCCGCACCUACCGAAAGCCGGGUGGACGCGACAAAGAAGCAGAUCCAAAGACAGCAGAAAACGCAGCCCCCGAAGCCACAACUGCAGCAACAGGAGGGUGAACAGUACCAGCACCGAAACGGCGAGCAGCAGCUGCCGCAACACCAGGGAUGCCUUCCGAAUGACGAGCAGGCACAGCUACAACAGCAAGCUAUACCUCCAGCAGACCACGGAGUCGGCCGCACGGUGGCGACAGUCCCCGCCACGGCGAACUGCUACACCCAUGACGUACCGUCAAGGCUUGAAGAAAAGAGCAUCGUGGCGCACGCAGGAGCAGUCACUGCUGAGACCCGCAACACGGCCGCGAAGAAAAUCCCACAAGAAGACGUCGCUGCCGUCGACAGGAAGGACACAGCGAUCGACAAGGACAUGAAAGCGAAAGGUUCGACAGCUGGAGGCAUUGCCCCUUUCGAGAGUUCUUGGACGACCGCCCCAGGCAGGGUUGAUAUUCCGCACGAUCCAAUCACCCCAACACUGAGUAAAGGCCCAGGACGUUCAAACACCGAUGACAUCUCUUUGGCGGCGGCCGAAGAAUGUAGCGGUAGCGAGAGAAGUUUCCAGGAUUUUCAAGAUGGAGACCACUCAGAGCCAAACCCGCAGCCAGGAGAACCAGAUCCCGUCACCGGCCCAUCCGACAUCAGGUCCGAGUCGCCGACGAAACUCAGCGAAAAUACACAACAGACGAUUCGUGCUACCGCAGCCGUGCAGCCGCCUGUCGUGAACAGUGGGGGGGGUUGCCAAGAAGGAGAGUUGCAGAACUCAGCCAGCGCACCGGGAGGCUUGCUUACAGGCGUCGGUGGCAGUCUUGGGGCGGCGGAGGAUAGCAAGGGUGAUCUCGACGGCCACCGAACGGUGGCAGACGACGGGAUGGUGAUGGACCCUUCCCUGGAAGCGUUAUCCACAGAAGCACCAGAAGUGGCGAAACGUGGGGCUGCGGAAGGCCGCCAACCUGUUACGGACGUGGUAGGUGAGAAACAGGGGGAUGAAGGCAAUAGUGUAGAACAUGGUGACGGAAGCACGAUGGUGGCGGGGCAGGAAGACGACGAGACUCUUCCCAAUGUCAUGCCACGACAACACGUUACCGGCCAAGGCCAAAGGCUUUGCCAAGGGGCCAAAGGAAAGGGACCUGGUGGGCACGGAAGCACAGAAGACGAGGAACCGGGCGCAUUGAAGAGCAACGCCGCACUCCCCGUUCUGCCGACCGAGCAACGUCGUGUCCGUUUCGCGAUCGAAGAACCCAACGAUGCUCUUCGUAUUGGAGAGCGGGAUCCCGGAAGCGUUCACUCCGAGGAGGAAGAGGGAGAGGUCGUAGAUGAAGUCGGAGAGGACACGUUGUUGUUGCCCGAGGGUGUCCCUGCGGCUGACCCCACGACGGACCAGACGGUUUCACAGCAGAACCAGCGAGACACGAGGGGCGAUGAUCAAAGAAAGAAAACGACGGAGGCCGAAAACGAGGUGACCAAGACGCAGAAGCAACAGCAACCGCAAUGUACCUUGGAGAAAGAUCUGAUGGUCAACAAGUCUGCGGCGGAUCUUGGAACGGACGAUGUCGACGACGAGUCGAGCGCGCUGCUUGACCCCUCGCCCAUCGCUGCUACCAGAACUGUUCCAUGUGCUUCGCGGUCGAAUGCCAACGUCCCAGCAAACACCAAAGCCGAUCGAGCGGCAGAAGACGAGUGCUUGUCAUCGGCAUCAUCACGAGCGGGGCCAGCUGCAGCAGGAGUGGGUUCCACCUCAUCGGAUGUAGUAGCAACCCCAGCCGCACCACUAUCAAAACCGGCACCAUCGGCACUGCCAGGAACAACGCCAGCAGCCUUCAACUACUACGAGCUGCCCCCUAUUCCCGAAGAAGCAAAUGAACGAGUAGAUAGGCAGCAGCAGAAGCAGCAACAACAGUCGGCGACCUUGGGUGGCAUCUGGGCAGCCGUGAGGAGAGGCGACGCUACCGGAGUGCGGGCGAAGCUAGCCGCGGGCGCAACCAUCGACGAAGCGGAUUCAGAGGGUCGGACUCCAUUAAUGGUGGCCUGCGCAUCUGGGGACACCGAGAUGGCGUCUCUUCUCGUCAACGGCGUAUCCCCACCAUCCAGCGUUGCAGCCAGGACGAUUGAGGGCUGGACGCCCUUGAUGAUCGCGAGCGGGGGAGGUCGGCUCGGGGUGGUGAAGGUCUUGCUGCAGGCCGGAGCGGCCUUGCACGACAGGGACGACGAGUUCGGGUCGAACUCGUUCAUGUGGGCGUGCGGCGGGGGCCACGCGGAGGUCGUCAGGGUGAUGCUGGCUAAUGGCGCCAAGGAUCUCAUUCACUCGACCAACUCUGACAUGUGGACGCCGCUCAUGGUGGCGUGCGACGCCGGCAGUCUGGCGACGGUACAAGUCCUGGUUGAAGCUGGGGCGGACUUGGCGUCCUUUAACAACGAAAACCUGACGGCCUUGGACAUUGCUGCUGAUAGGAACCACCUGCUCGUGGAGUGCUACCUCAGGACGGAAGGAGCAGUCACCUCAGAUCAGUUUUGGUCGGCCGCGGACUCAGGCGACGCCGCAACCAUCUCUAAACUCCUGAGGGGCAACGGGCACCUUGUGAUGUCCCUGGACAAGAAUGGUCGUACCGCUCUUCUACGGAGCUGCAUCGGGGGGCACCUGGAAGUGGCCAGACUCCUUGUCGAGGCUGGCGCGGACGGAAUCGCACCUCUUGGCGAUGGGGGAGUUCCGAACUUUACUACAGAUAAAGGCGACACUUCUUCGGUGAAACCAAGAAACUCACAUCCAUUACCCGAUGUUCUUCUUGCAUUUGUGAUGGAGCGAAGGUAUCUGGUUCAGAUCGGGGGAGCGAGGUUGACCCUCAAGAACAAGGUUGGCUGGACUCCGUUGAUGCAAGCCGUGGUCAAAGGAGACCUCGAAAUAACCAGGUGA